AUGGCAGGGAAGGAUGCUUUGAAUCGCUCUCAUGCCACUUUUGACCUCUUCGUCCAAGCUAAGACCUGUCAGGAAGUGAAGCAGCACUUCACAGAGCUCUGUAGGCAGCUGCAGCUCGAUCCCAAAGAUUACAGGAGUUUCUACACCAAGCUAAAGGAGAGGCUGAACUACUGGAAGGCCAAAGCUUUGUGGACCAAGUUGGACACAAGAGCCUCACAGGAAGAUUACCAACAGGGAAAAGCCUGUGCCAAUAACAAGUGCCUGGUGUUGGGUGCCGGACCAUGUGGGCUGAGAACGGCCAUCGAACUGUCCCUGCUGGGGGCCCAGGUGGUGUUGUUGGAGAAGAGGGAGGAUUUCAGCAGGAACAAUGUUCUCCACCUCUGGCCUUACACCAUCAUUGACCUCCGAGAGCUCGGAGCUAAAAAGUUUUACGGCAAAUUCUGCUCUGGCACCUUGGAUCACAUCAGCAUUCGUCAGCUUCAGUUGAUCUUGCUGAAAGUAUGUCUCCUCCUGGGGGUGGAGGUUCACACCGGAGUGGAGUACAAAGGCCUGAUUGAGCCCUCUGGGGAUAAAGGUUGGAUGGCCAAACUACAGCCUCAGUCUCAUCCUGCUGCAUCCUUCCAGUUUGAUGUUUUUAUCUCUGCAGGGGGAGGCAGGUUCGUCCCUGAUGGUUUUAAGCACAAAGAGAUGAGAGGGAAGCUGGCUAUCGGCAUCACAGCCAAUUUUAUCAACGGAAACACAGCGGCUGAGGCCCAAGUGCCGGAGAUCAGCGGAGUGGCUCGAAUCUAUAACCAGAAGUUCUUCCAAGACCUGCUCAAUGAGACGGAUAUUGAUUUAGAGAAUAUUGUGUACUACAAAGACGACACGCAUUACUUUGUCAUGACAGCCAAGAAGAAGAGCCUGCUGAGACGCGGAGUGAUUAAACAGGACUACAUUGAUGCAGCACAGCUUCUGGCGCCUGCAAACGUAGAUCAUGUGGCCUUGUGUCUGUAUGCUCAUGAUGCUGCGUGCUUCUCCACCGGUGGGAAGCUGCCCGAUCUGCAGUUUGCUCUCAAUCAGGCCGGUCAGCCUGAUGUGGCCAUGUUUGACUUCACCUGCAUGCAGCGCGCCGAGAACGCAUCGCUGGUCCGGGAAAGGAGGGGCAAGAAGCUCCUUAUAGCUCUGGUUGGUGACUGCCUGGUUGAGCCAUUUUGGCCUCUGGGAACUGGGAUAGCCCGAGGAUUCUUCGCUGUCUUUGACACGGCGUGGACGGUGAGGAGCUGGGGUAUGGGGGUCCAACCCUUGAAGGUCCUUGCAGAGAGAGAAAGUAUGUACCAGCUGCUCUCCCAGACCACACCUGAAAACACCUGCAAGAAGUACUCCCAGUACACCAUCAACCCAAAAACACGGUACCAGAGAGUCAACCUGUCUGCCCUCCAGGCUCACCAGGUGCACCACCUGUAUGACGUGGAUAAAGGCCACUUAGCCACCAUAAAACUGAACGACAGUCAGGUUCACAGGCGUCAAGAUUCCAUGAGUGGUUUUAACGAGUUGUUGAGAUGGUGCCAGAACAAUACCAGAGGUCACAAGAAUGUGAACGUGAAAGACUUCAGCCAGUCCUGGAAGUCCGGCCUCGCUCUGUGUGCUCUGAUCCACCACUUCAGACCUCAUCUGAUUGACAUGUCUUCCUUGGAUGAGUCAAACAGUGUCCACAACCACCAGCUGGCGUUCAGUGUGGUGCAGCAGGAGCUGGGCAUCCCUCCCGUCAUGUCUCCAAGUGGUCAGAUUGACAAGCUGUCCAUCGUUCUCUACCUCACACAAAUCAAAGAUGCUCUUACUGCGCCACCAAAGGAACCUGCAGGCCCCGUACCGCCGUCCAAGUCUCCGAGUCUCGCUCGGACACAGUCGGUUGUCUUUUUCUUGAGCAAGCUGAGGAACCGCUCACUGCAAAGACAAAAGGAAAAGCUGGCAACUCUGAAACGAGUUGCAAAGCCUGAGGACAGGAUGGGAGAUGUGGAAAACACUUCAGAGCUACUUGAGUCUCCUGAAGUCCAUCCGGUUCCUGCUGCUCCUCUGGAGCCUGAAGUGAUGACCAACAGUGAGCAGUGCUACUUCUGUGGAGAAAUGGUGUACGUGGUGGAGCGCGUCAGCGCGGAGGGAAAGUUCUUCCAUAGGAGCUGCUUCACCUGUCAUAAGUGUGGCAUCACACUCAGAUUAGGAGGGUACGCCUUCGACAAGACUAGCGGGAGAUUUUACUGCGAGCAGCACUCUGAGGCUCUGCUGCUUCCAAAUGGGGUUGAAACCUCACCUGAGGGCAUUAAAGAGGAAAUGGAGGAAGAGAACGAGCUUUCCAGUGAGGGUUAUACACCAUCUCCAUCCGACGAGGAGUUUUUCCUUGAUCCCAAACCAGAAGGAUCAGCUCAGAGUGAACGUGAGGCCGCAGUAGAGUCGAGCGUUUCACCUGAGCCUGCAGCUAAGCACAAGGUUCAGGUGCCCGAGUCGAUGCCUUUUCCCGUUCCAAAGCCACGCCAUGUGCGUCAGACGACUCCCAACUCCGAGCCCUCCCCUCCAGUGGCGAAACCCCGCAAAGUCCUGUUGGCUCCACCAGCCGCUCCAGAGGAAACCUUAGCAGUAAUAGACUUCUCUCUUAAGCCAUCGCUGCGAAAGCUUCAGCUGUCCAUCGAGGAGAAACAUGAGCUCGGGAAUCUGCAGAGCUUCAGCGCAGACUCGGACUCGGAAACCCAAGGCGGAUCUUCCUCCUGCUCCUCAUCCUCCGCGAAUGCGUGCGGGCCUCCUAAACGAGAAGGGCAGGACGGACAAGAGGAGGACGGCUACUGGAGCGGGAGCAAUGCCAGUCUCAUCCGGGAAAAGAAGAAUCGACACUGCUUCAAGAGGAAAGAGAUGCCGAAUGGGCAGAACCGGGUACGGUCCAAAUUCUCCCCCUGGAAUCUGUCCUCCCCGAGGAUCAGCAGGGACGCCCGACUCAGCGUCCACGUCAGUCAGCCCGGCAGAGUGGAGACGACAUUCGGACAUAUUCACAGCGCCUCAGAGGAUGGCGUUGAUGAAGAUGAUGACGACGAGGACGAUGAUAUGUUUGAAGAGGAAGACUAUACCGAUAUGAAGUUUGAAUCAGGGCCAGUUGACCCAGUGGAGGCAGAGAAGUUUGAGUGGAAGAGGAUGAAGACGCUCGAGCGGCGAGCCAAGAUGAGCGUAAUGGAGCAGUUCUGCAAAGCUCAGUCAAUUCAGCGCAGACUGGAAGAGAUUGAGGUUUCCUACAAGGACCUGGAGGAGAAAGGUGUGAAGCUGGAGAGGAGCCUGCGCAGAGAGCCCAACAACACAGACUCUGAUUCGAUUGAACAAUGGAUCCAGCUGGUCCAUGAGAAGAACGCCUUGGUGUCUGAGGAGUCGGACCUGAUGGUGGAGUCCCGACAGCUGGAACUGGAAGACAAGCGCACCAUGUUAGACCUGCAGUACAGGAAGUUAAUGGACAUAAAAGAUAAGACUCCAGAGCAGAAGGCAGAAGAAGAGCGACUCAUGGAGGAGAUACUUGAGGUGGUGGCAAUGAAGAACUCCCUGGUGACAUUUUUGGAAGAGAAAAGGCUGAAAGAAAUGAGCGAGAAGGAGGAAGCUCUCUCUAUCAAGGAGGCUAAAAGACACUCCAAGACCGGAGCUCAAGUUCAGUGGGCUUAAGUUUUUAUUUUGGUUCUAUUUUUUUGGGACACGCCCUCACAGAAUGGAUGAACCUGUGUGGAUUACAGGUGACGCUUCUUCCGUGUGCGAGAGUCGGACUCUGAUCCUGAAGGUUAGAUUAAAAAAGCCAAAGAUGGAACAUCAUCGUUGGUGGAGAGAGGAGACCGUCAGUGGUUCCUUCAGAGUUUACAAAACAUCUGGAAUCCUGAUGUGUGCAGAGUUUGAUGAGAGGACUGAUGUUUACACGUCUGUUGAACAAUCACCAUCAAUCUGCUUUAGUGUCAUAAAAGCACAGGCUGCAGAUCAAACACAGGAGGGAUUGCCUCUGAACUUGUGUUGCUUUAUUGUUUCUAUAUGAUUUUAACUGUUAAAGUAUCAGUGGAUGAAAGUCACAUAUAGGUUAUCUAGAUUCUGUUUUAAUAGAAAUAUGAAGCCAGUUCCAAAGAGGAGAGGAUCUUCCCAUACCAGUACAGCCGAUUUACAGUCUGUUCAAUUUCUUUUUAGCUUUUCAUCUUUAUUGUUAAGGAAUUUUGUAGCACUUUCUUGUUUUUAUUUCAUCGGUUCUUCACAGCAUGCCGGUUUGGGAAUCUCAGGGGUCUGUAGUGGAGUUGUUGGCUCACGUUCUUUAACUAGGUGGGAUUUAUUUAAUUUUUUUCAUGGGUGAAAAGCAGACUUGAGUUGGACUGGUUCGUUAAACUUUAAUGCCUUCAUUGAUCACUUGCAAAUGAAAGAAACUGAGACUGAAACAAGUCGGUUAAAAGAAGCCUUAUGCCAUAUAUAUCAUCCUGCUGCCAUUUUGUGCCAUUUGAACACUUCACAGUAUAUAUCAAAUAAAGAUAUCGCACUUUGA